AUGACGAAGAGCAGAUGGAGGACUCGCAUUUUCGUGAUGCUAGCGAUGACACAGGUGGCGAUCGAUUCCGUCUCAGCCGCAUCGGAUGCGUCUACAUAUUCGGACAGUAGCGGUAGUGGGUCGGGAAGUCUAGCGGCGCUUAAGGCACAGCGUCAGGAAUGUCUUGCGUCUCCUCCGAAGCAAGUUACGUUUACACAGAGCGCGUCGUCCACCAGCGCGGCGUAUGUCGUCUACAAGGACUGCGCCAUUUUGACCAUCCGCGCCGAUACUCAGAGCGAUGGCACCAAGUCCAUGGACGCCUCCGGACAGAAGAUUGAGGUCGUCCAGAGCUUCCCUGCAGUCGACUCGUUGGAUCUAUCGGGGAACAACAUUAGUGUCAUCGAAGAAGCGGACAGCACUUCUGUCACGACCCUGGAUAUCUCUAGCAAUGGCAUUGUGGACAUGACCAACGUUUCGAUUCCCAGCAGUGUGACUGUGGUGAAUUUGGAUGACAACCAGAUUUCGGCCUUAUCCAAAGGUGAUGUCCCUGACACAGUGACGUCCAUCUCGAUUAGAAACAACAGCAUCACGUCAUUACAGAGCUUUGUCAUUAGUGACCAGGCUGACUACCUCGACUUGAGUGACAACUCGAUAAUCAAGCUCUCAAGCUGGCAAAUGCCCACCAGUCUGCAGUCUUUCAGGUGUCAAGACUGCGGGAUCAAGAUCAUCGCUGGUGUCGUCUUCCCGACUUCCAUGUCCUUAUCAACUUUCGAUCUCACAGGCAGCAACGUAGAAACAUUCGAGGUUGCCAACUCCAGUGUCGCAGUACUCGAGGCAGUCGACGAUCUCGUAGUCACGACAAUUGGAGCCAACUGUAGUGACGGUCACGCCACUUCUCUAGUUGCUCGUUCGAUGAAUCUUUGCGUGCUCGUGGACGGAUACUUCGACGCUAAAUACCUUGUCGGCGGAUCAGGCUCCUCGAGUCCUGGAAGUGGACACAUCCCAGCUGAAGGAGGAGGCGGUGGUGGUCUCAGCAAUUGGAUGAUGCUGGCCAUGAUCUGUCUUGGAGCCAUGAUGGCGUGUAUCCUCGGUGGAGUGGUAUUCGUCAUCUUCCGUCGACGACAAAAAGAUCGCGAUGAAGAGCUGAAAGAAGCCGAAAAUCUCGAAUUUGAUCCGGAUGCCUCGGUUUCUUCCAAGGCCACAAAGUACAUGCCCAGUCACAUGACAGGCAUGUCAAGAACCGGGCGAACGGACUCAGUACCGGAGGCGAUGCUGAGCGAAUCCAACGCCAACUAUGUGCUGAAUGACAUCCGCACAGACGACGAUAUUAUGCAAUGUCGGUUACUUCAGGAAGAAGUGGUACGCGGGAAACUUCUAGCCAAGGGAGGCUACGGUGCCGUGUAUCUGGCUACAUUCCAGAGCGAGAAGGUGGUGACCAAGCAAUUGUUACCCGAGCGUGCGCGUGACAAGCGUUGGCUGGGCAGCUUCAUGGACGAGAUCCGUCUCUGUUCGACAUUGGAUCACCCAAAGAUUGUUCGCUUUAUCGGCGUAACUUGGAGCUCGUUGAGCGACAUCUCGAUGGUCAUGGAAUACAUGCCGCGUGGGGACCUAAGCACAAUGUUACAGAAGCAACUACAGCGCGAACUUGAUGCUGAAUACGCUCGAGAUGGCUACGGUUGGUUCCACUCAGUCGGAGAGGGUGAAAACCUCAAGUGCAAGUCGCUUAUUGCGCUCGAUAUCGCUGAGGCUUUGGUCUAUUUGCACUCGUUCGAGAGUCCGAUUAUCCAUCGUGACAUGAAGCCCAAGAAUGUGCUUCUGAGUGACACGUGGGAAGCCAAACUCACGGACUUUGGUAUCAGUCGAGAGCUGGACGAAGACCAGACCAUGACAGCUGAGAUCGGGACCGUGUCCUGGAUCGCUCCUGAGGUGCUACGUGGCGAGCAUUACUCUGAAAAGGCAGACGUGUACUCGUUCGGUGUCAUCUUGACAGAGUUGGAUACAUGUCGCCGGCCGUAUUCUCAGGGUAUCCCGGGAGAGAGCAACCGUGGCGGUAACAACAAGACGUCGAACACUCGUAUUGCUGUGCUGGUUAGUGCUGGAACGUUGAGACCUGAAGUGCAUGUGGAUUGUCCUCGUAGUGUCCGCAGUUUGGUGGACAAAUGCUUGGCGUUCGACCCGGAAGAUCGACCGUCAGCUCUGCAAAUUCACUACGAACUACGCAACUUGGAGCUUGGGGAAGAGGAGCUGCUGGCAUCGGCGAGACGCAUGACGCGGACGCAAUCAAAGGCAAGCAUGAGUGCGAGCCAUUCAAGCCUCUCGUUCCAAGCUGCGUAA